AUGGCCAACGACACGAGCCUGCCCGUAAUUGUUGUUGGUGCCGGUAUAACGGGUCUGCUUACAUGCCACGCGUUGACGAAAGCUGGUCUCAAGUAUCAAAUCUUUGAGAGAGAUAGCUUCAUGAACUCUCGCAGCAAUGAGUGGACCAUGGCCAUACAUUGGGCGCUCCCAUUGCUGCAGAAAAUUCUGCCCGAUGACAUCUUCGCUAAAGUCUCGGAUAUUGCCUGCAACCCAACAGUCGGCAUUCAUUCCGGGCUGUACCCAAUUAUUCACGGCGAGACAGGCAAUCUCAUCACUGGAGUACCUUAUGAGAACGGGCUACGUGUACCUCGCAGCAAAAUGCGAAAUCUGAGUGCAGAAGGCAUCAACGUGGAGUAUGGCAAAUUGCUAUCCAACGUGGUCUUUCCCGAAGAUGGUGGAGUGAUCGCUCACUUCGCUGACGGCACAACUGUACACGGCAGCAUGAUUAUUGGGGCGGAUGGCCCCCGGUCCAAGCUUCGUGAGAUAGCUGUGGGCAACGCUGAAGAUGCAGCAACAACUAAAUUCCAGAUAUUUCAUACUAACAUGACCGUAUGCUACAACGAUGCUGAUAAGGCUCUGUUCGUGCGGAAACAGUAUCCCACAAGCUACUUGGCAUUAAGCGAGAAGUCCUUCCAUGCGUUCCAGUCAAUUUCUUCUAUGCCAGACGGACCAGACCACCCUGAGUCAUGGAUUUUCCAUAUGGCUAUGGCUUGGAAGGGCCAGGUAGAUGAUAACCUGUCCUACAAGGAGCGUCUUGCGUUGAUCAAAGACAAAGCCAAAGGCCUCGGGGAUCCUACGAGGUCUGCUUUUAUGUGGAUGCCCGAUGACACGGAAGUUCACAAAGCUGAUAUAAGCUAUUGGGUUCCGCAUAAAUGGGAUAAUCAUCAAGGACGCCUAACACUAAUUGGUGACGCGGCGCAUCCCAUGCCACCUUAUGAAGGGGAGAUGGUGCCACGCGGCCAGGAAGAGGUCACUUGCUCGGUCGAGAAUGGCUAUAUGCUGCAUGACUGGGACAAAGUCCAACAGAGUCCCGUCUUCAAGCGUGGCUUUAAGCCUAUGGAUGGACAUGAUACUGCGAAUAAUGUCGGGGGUGCUAUUAGUGCUUAA